GCUGCGCAUGCGAGUGAUGCGAAAACAUACAUGUAAAUCAUCAUGGUCAUAGACUAAAAAUAACGCGUGUAUAUUAUAAGUUAUUCUUAGUCUAUGGCCAAACCGCAUAGAGCCGAGAUGCACAAUUAGCAACGUAUUUGCAAUGAGUGGGUUCAAGUUUAACUUUAUUACCGAUGACGAUGGCGAUGGGGACAGUGCAAGUGACAAAAAUUUAGGAUUAGGAGCUGGGGCCGUGAUUUGCGAGCAGAGUAAAGACAGAGAUGCUCUCAUCGAACUCAAGAGAGAAGGAAGCGAUGGCGGAGGCGACAGUGGCGCCCCCUGCAUCAGACCGGCAAAAAAGCUGACGUUCAACGACGACCUAGUGCAGGCCAUUUGCAAAAACGUCUACCAGGUGGAGACACUGACCGUGUGCGGCGCGGAGUAUGUGCACAGGGUCACGUCGGACGAGGAGGUGGCGUCGUCGGCGCUACGCGAAUCCGUCACUCAGGACUCUGACAUCAUCCCGCUCGUCUACGAAGGUGGGCUGAAGAUCUGGGAGUGCUCUCUGGACCUCGUCGAAUACCUCGCCUCAUCCGACGUUGAUUUCGCAGGAGCGAACGUGCUCGAGCUCGGAUGUGGAGCGGCCCUGCCCGGAAUCCACGCCCUCGGACAGGGUGCAUCCGUCGUCUUCCAGGAUUACAACGCAGAGGUGCUGGAGCUGGUGACGAUACCGAACGUCGUCAACAACACGCCGGACGAUGACGACGAUCGCGUCGCCGCACUCCCCGGCCGCUGCCAGUUCUGGGCGGGAGACUGGGGCGCCCUCGAGCGGAAGUGGAAGGAACUACAGCUCAGGUUCGAUGUGAUAUUGACGUCGGAGACGAUCUACUCGGAAGCGGCGCAGCCACACUUGUACUCGCUCAUCAAGGCUGUACUGAAGCCUGCAGGGGCGGCCUACGUCGCGGCGAAGGUUCACUACUUUGGUGUCGGCGGCGGCACGCGGCAGUUUGUGCAUCUCGUCGAGGAGGACGGGGCGUUCAACGUUACCACUUGUUUCGCCACGGAGUCAGGUUUGCGGCGAGAGAUCCUGAUGAUGCGAUGGAAGACCGCCGGCGCCACCUAGGUGUUGCGAUCUCGGACUCGCUCACUGCUCACCAGGUGGCCGCGAGAUGUGUAGCGACCGGCGCCACCUAGGCAUCGCGAAAAAGCUGCGAUAACUGCUCACCAGGUGGCAGCGAGGUGGGCAAGGGCGGGCACCUAGUGGCGAUAAAGCUACGGUAACUGCUCACCAGGUGGCCGGCUGCACUCGUCGAGUGUCGACCGGUCGACGGCCGUGAAGACAAUGCCGACGCAUGUUUCGUAUGUAUGUGUAGUACAGUGCAGUAUGUACGUAUGUAUCAUAGUGUGGGGCAGGGGGGGGCAGUGCGCUCAUGGUAAAUGCCGGAAGGAGACGACACGUGUUUUUGGAUUCGAGCGAUCGUCUUUAGAUGCUCUUGGAGUCGAUGGACAGUGGCGACACCUGGCAUGCGAAUUGUCAAGAUCUGGUUUGUAUGUUGUAGACAAUAAUGUCAAAUUAAAUAAAUGUGAUACUUUUUAUGGGAAUUUAACUUGCA